CGGCGGUGGCGCCACGGCGAUCGAGCGGCUGCAGGCGGCGGUCGAGCAGCUCGAGGGGCCCCUGGCGGCGCCGCCAGACGGGGUCGACGGCUGCUUCACCGACGUUGUGGCCAGCCAGCUCGAGGCCAAGCGCAGCCAGCUGGCCCAGGCGGAGCGAGAGGCUGCCGAGCAGAAGGCGUCGCCGCUCCCACGGUCAGCUCUGCUGCACAAGGAGGCCAACGCCAUCAGCAAGGCAGAGAAGCGGAUGCGGGCAGCCCGCAAGACCUUGGAGGAGAAGCGGGCGGCCCGCGACCUCGCCGAGGCCCAGCUCCAGAAGGCCCUGGAGGAUGCAGCUCGAGAUGAAGAGGAGGCUCUGCGGCGGCAGCGAGCCUCCCAGCUGGCCACGCCCAGCCAUAUCCCAGGGCUGCUCACGCAGCUCGAGAAGUUGCCCGAAGCCUGGCGGAGCAACAACUUCGAGGUGGCGUGGGCGGCGAUUUGCGCCCAGAUGGCUGCGGUCCGCUCGCAUCUGGAGGGCCCCCAUGAGCGGCCUCGGCGCGAGCGCUGGGCGGAGAGCUGCCCAAUGGAGGACCCCACCAGCAGCGGCGACGAGCCUGCGCUCGCGGCGACGCCUGGGGGCCGCGGCCCGCAGCCGAGCUCGGCCAGGGAGAGCGCCGCGGCGAUGCGCAGGGCGACUGGCCGCACGUGGCCGAGGCCUGCAGACGCGAGCUGGCGGCCGAGGCUGCUGACCUGGCCCCUCUGGUGGCUCCUGUUGGGGCCCGCAGUGCUGGAAGCCAAGGCGGCGGGCCCCCGCCCGGGCAGCCUGGAGUUUAGCCCUGCCGCCGACGCCGCCCGCAUUGGCGGCGGCAGGGGGCAGCUCCCACCGGUGCCAGGAGAGGCAGCAGCAGCCAAGCGGCAGGUCCGCAGCGGCCUGGAGGUCCUGGGGAUCAACGGCAGCACGUGGCACCGCAGCCUGGAGGUCCUCGAGGCCUUCGUGAGCCGCGAGGGCUCGCGGCCCCACCUGGCGCUGCUCCAGGAGACCCGCCUGGCCCCGCACCAGCUGCGGGCGGCGCGCGGCAGGCCCGAGGGCUUGGGUUAUGCAGCCUUCCUCCACGCCUCGGCCGCGACUGACAAGGAUGGGCCGCUGGCGCACUCUAGAGGCGUCGGCGCCCUGGUCCGCGACGACCUUCAAGGAGGCAGGGUGGACUGGCAGGCCCCUGGCGACCUCCGACGCUGCAUCAUCGGGGUCGCGGUCGCGGCUGCUUCUGGGCUGGAGUUGCCAGCGCGCCCCCUCUACCUGCACGACGGGCUGGGCCCCGGGGGCGUCAACGUGGACGUCUUCGCCGCCUUCGGGGACAUGGUGCCCACCGCGGGGCUGCAUGGGCUGGCGCAGGGGGACUUCAACAUGGAGCCUGGCACCUCGCACGAGCUCGGGGCUGAGCACGUGCACGAUUGGUUCGCGAGCUCAUACUGCCUCGCCCACGGGGUCGCGGAGGCAGCUGCACUGGAUGGGUUCGCGCUCUUCCCCCACAAGCCAGUGCGCUUGCUGCUGCAGGACGUCAGGCCCGACGCGCUGGUGCAGGUGCUCGUCCGCCCUGGGCGUUUCCCCGACGUCGGCGCCGACGACUGCGGCGAGCGCGGCGACGCCAUGGCCCAGGGGCACCGCCGCGUCGGGCGCGCCAGGUGGAAGGCGCAACCCUGCAGCUGGAGCUGGGAGGUCGGCCCCCUCCCGCCCGACCCGCCCACGGCGGCUCGCCAGUGGACGGAGGCGGCGGAGGGCGCACUGGUCGGGAUCCACGGGGUCCAGCCCGAGGGCUUCAAGCGUUACCUUGGCAGAGCGGCGGGGCCCAGGCGUGUCCUCGAGCCCCUCAGCGCCGCGGCGAAGCGCGAGUGCCGCCACUGGCACUCGGCGCUCGCGCACGCCGCCCGCCAGGCGCUGGGCCCGGCGCUGCAGCGACCGACGGCCGAGCGGACGCAGAGAUGGCACCCCCCCCACGAGCGCUGGUGCGUCCUCCAGGCCGAGCGCGCGACGCACCUCCUCGAGGAGACCACCGCCGCGGCCUGCCAGGAGGAUGAGGUCGAGACCCUCAGCUUCGACGCCAGCGAGCGGGGCGACCUGGUCAGCCAGGCGGGGGUGCUCGGGCACGGCGGCGCCAUCCAGGCCCUCCAGCUGCGCCUCGCGGCCCCCCAGCGCCGCGACGGCGCCGGGAGCGCGGCGACCUGGCGGGCCCGGGGCAAGGGGGCGGCCCAGCGCGGGGACAGGCUGGCCCGCAGGUUCGCGAGGGCCGCGCCGCCCCCGAAGGGUGUCGACCCCGCCGCGGGCAGGCCGCUGGCGGGCACGCUGGCCGUCGAGCUGGAGGCGAACUGGCAGAAUCUGCGGCGGCAGGACGGGCUCGCCGCAGAUGCAGGCGUCGGCGGUUGGGACAUCCAGGGCUGGGAGAUGCCUCCCAUCGCGCUCGCGAUGCUGCAGGUAGCCUGCAGGCGCUACUCGCCGACUGCGGGCCUGGGGGCCGACCAGCUGCAUCCACGGCAGUUGGUGCUCCUGCCCGUGGCCCUGCAGCUGAGGUGCCUGGACCUCCUCGCCGCCUACGAGGAGCGGCCUCAGGCAGCCCGUCUGUGCGCCGUGGGGGGCGGAGCACGACCAUCGGUUCUUCUGGUGCAAGGUGGGCCCCACAACCAGUUCGCGGUCUUCGCCCGCGAGAGCGGGUUUGCCUCGGCCAGCCUCUUCCUGGACAUCACGAAGUACUACGAGAACCUGCGGCGCGGCGUGCUCUGGGGCUGCGCCAUCGAGCACGGCUUCAACCUCCGCCUGCUGCGGGGGCUGCUCGUGAUGCACCAGAGCCCCAGGUUCAUCGGCUUCGUUGGCCUCGCCCCAGACGUGUUCGGCACGUUGGGCACAGUGUCGGCGGGCUGUGCGCGUGCAACUACGGUUGCCAAGCUGCCUGUGCUGGGGGCGCUCCGCGCCGCUUCUGCGAGGGGCAGGCCUUUGGUUGUGGCCCGCAACGUCGUCGACGACAUCGCGCUGCAAGCCGUGGGCACUGAGAGGCCGGUGGCCGCCCAGCUCGGCAGCGCAGGGGUCGAGGUCGCUCAGCUCCUAGGGGAGCGGCACCUCCCCCUCAGUGCUGCCAAGACGUCGUUCCUCGCCUCCAGCCCAGGCCUGGCGCGGCUGCUUGGGGGGCGCUGGCAGGCUCACGGCUGGGAGUUUAAGCGCGCCGCGCAGGCCAGGAACCCUGGCGCGGACGCCGGCAUCACUAGACAAGGUGCCCACGAAGGCCGAGCCCGCGUUGCUGGAGCCCUGCAGCGCGCCAGGCGGCUUCGCCGCCUCAAGGCGGCAGGAGCGGAAAUCGACCUUAUACACAAGGCAGGGCCGACGGCCAGCAUGAUCUGGAAGCGCGCGGUGACGGGCAUCGCAGACGGGGAGCUGCACAGCUGGCGGCUGACAGCGCGCCGCUGCGCGGGACGGCUGCCACGCGGUGCUGCCCUGGGCCUGAGGCUUCGAUGUCUGGAGCUGCGGCGACGGCGCGACCUCGACCCGAUGGCGCUCGCCGCGAGCUAUAUGGUGCAGAUGUUGGCGGCGCUGCUCCAGUCGGGGGAGUUGCCCUUGCGCGCGCUGAAGCGCGGACGGGAGGCGGCGGCAGCCCGGAUCGGGCGGCACUUCGAGUCGGGGCGGCUCCUUGCCACGGACCACGGGGACAGGCUGGAUCUCGCGCUCCUGGGCCCGCGCGAGCUGGGGAUCGAGGCAGGGCUCGGGGCGCGCCGCGCUUCCGACCGCCAUGAGAUGCGGGAGCUCUCCCGCAGCAGGGCGUCUCAGGGGCCGCUGUUCUGGGAUGCAAUCGCGCUGCUGCUUGGGCCUGGGGGCGACCUGGGCGAGCGAGAGCAGCGCGCGCUGAUCGCCUACAUCUCCGACGCGCACAGGACGCAGGCCAGGCUGUUCGACGCCGAGGAGCGCAGCCACGCCAGGUGCCGCUGCUGCGGGGAGGCGCGUGGCACGCUCUGGCACAGGCUGUUCGCGCGCCCCAUGCUGGCGGCCCAGCGGAGGGACAGCGUGUCUCCACGUCUCGCGUGGCGCGCUGAACGGGUUCGGGCCCAGAGCGAGGCGGCAGGAGAGGAGUUCGUUCGCCACUGGCUUCCAGCGCCGCCCCCUCCGCAGGGCCGCCGCCCCAACGCCAUGGGCGCGCGUUGGAUCCGCGGGCCGCCCGACGACAAGCUGAACGGGAAGCUGUACUUGGACGGCUCGGCCCUCGAGCCGCAGUUCGGCGCCCUUCGCCGAGCGGGCUGGGGCAUGGCGCAGUGCGACGACGACGGCGACCUCGUCGCGGGCGUCUACGGCACGGUGAGGCGGGACCUCUGCCCGCAGCAGACGGCCAAGGACGGGGGUACUUUGCGGCCCGUGCUGGAUGGGCGCCUCACGGAGGCCCAGCGGCGCGGGAACGACCGCGCCGACCGCCUCGCCAAGACGGGGGCCAGGCUGCAUGCAGUGGACAGCCAGGCCGUCGGCGAGCGCCAUGCCCUGGCUGAGGUGGUCGGCGAGCUCGCACGGUGGAUUGGCUGGGCCGUGGCCAUCUGGCAGGGCAUCAGCGAGAAGGACUGCGAGGGCCUCCCUGAUGCUGGCGAGCGGCGGCAGGUGCGCUUCGAGGUGCCGCCAGACCCGCAGGCCCCGCCAGCCGAGGGGGGCCCAGCGCCCAAGAGGCCGCACCUGGAGAGCGGUCGCUCGGCCGGCAGCGCCGCGGCCCUCUCGGCUGGCGCGGUGGCCUUCAGCAUCCUCGGGCACGCCCUCAGCUACGCCUGCUGCGGCGACGGCGAGCAGACCCAGGAGCUGGUGGCGUGCACCAAGUGCGGCGCCUACAUGGUGCUGGGAGGCCGCUCAGGGGCCAAGCCGCGGUUGAAGGAGCCCUACCUGGCCGACAGGACG